AAACGUGACAGUAUGGUAAAAUUCGUCAUUUGGAGAUUUAUAACUGCCACAGAAAGCGCGUCAUUAUUUUGCGUAAAACUAGUAUAUGAAAAAGAAUUCAAAUCACAUUCUGUAAUUUAAAUCUCCAGGAUUUAUUCAUCAUAAAAGUUUUGUCCAUCCCAUUUGUGUAUAUAAACUGUUUAGCGCACUGAUUUCAUUCAAAAUCAACUAUGUCAAUUGAAACGCGUAUUCUGUUUCUUGGGGUAUUUCACAUGCUCACCGUGUACGUUCGAGUGGCAGGCAGACAAAUUGGAAAUGAACAUGUUACUCAGGAUCAAGUCAGUCAAACUGAAUCGAGUUUUACAGAGUACGAUAUAGAUUGUAUGGAAACCGAAUUUAUGAGAUACAACGCUGAAGAUUUGCCUCCUAAAUGGGAUGUACCAAGUAAUAAGAUACAAAUCAUAAACCAUUCUGUAACCUGGUCUUACCCAAUUCAAGAUAAAAGCAAUUUGACAGGUUUCAAGGUAUGGUUUACUGACUGGGAAACUAAUUCAGAAGGCUGCAAGCUUGUUUUGUUGAAUAAUACUCAUAAUAAUUUAAUGAAUUUAAAAACGCACUUGCCAGAUAAUAUCAAGAAUACGCCUGCGCUGUCAGUAUAUGUCUAUCCACUUGUAGAAAUUGGCUCAAUAAAGUAUGUGCAGUGGAAAGGUCUUUCGUUUUUAAAUAUAUCUGGAAACAGUAUUAAAGUUGUCUUUGGUCUACAGCAUAUAAGUUCCAUGAAUUUCAGUCUGUACAGAAAGAAUGGUAAACUUGUCUAUUCAAAACGUGUCCAAGGAUCAAUGGUUGUGGUGAAGCGUCUACCAAAAGGUGUCUAUUUUUUCGAGCUGGAUGACAUAGAGAGUGAUAUGUCUCCAAAUCACUGUCCAUGUUAUGUCGAAUCUUUGGGCAAGAAAGUGUGUCUACAAUGCGAAAGAAAAAAUAGUCAAGAGUUUCAUGUUCCAGGCGAGCGGUCGAGUAUGUCGAGUGGUUAA